AUGUUAAAAGCUGGAUCAGAUACCCAAAACGAGCUUGAUUUAAUUCGCAAGGUUGCAAUAGAAGCAGGUGCCAAAGAUGAAUUACCAUCAAUACAUUGGUCUUUUGGUGGUAAAGGUGCAUUACGCGCCAAACCUGCUGACGUUAAUCAAAGUCCACCAGCAACUGAUCCUCCAGGACAAAGUAAAAACUCACCAGAUAGUGCGUCGCCACUACCGCCACAGCCACAGCCGCCACCACCAUCAACUACCACACCAAAUCAACCACAAACGCCAUCACCUACCACACCAAAUCAACCACAAACGCCAUCACCUACCACACCAAAUCAACCACAAACGCCAUCACCUACCGCACCAAAUCAACCACAAACACCAUCACCUAACACACCAAAUCAACCACAAACACCAUCACCUACCACACCAAAUCAACCACAAACACCAUCACCUACCACACCAGGUCAACCGCCACAACAAUCACCUACCACGUCAGGUCAACCGCCACAACAAUUACCUACCGCACCAGAUCAACCACAAACACCAUCACCUACCACACCAAAGCAACCACAAACACCAUUACCUACCGCACCAGAUCAACCACAAAUACCAUCACCUGCAACAUCAAAUCAACCGCAACCACAGCCACAGCCAACAAAUACAGCUGUCAAUCCGCCAGCCACUACUCCAGUAUCACCAUCAACUAAUACACCAUCAAAUACACCUGUUAUUCCGACGGCCUCCCAAAAUCAACAACAGCCAACAACUACAACUACUGUAGAUAGUACACCAUCGCCACCAAUAAUACCAGCAAACAACAACAACAACCAGCCACAAUUAACAACAAUAUACACCACAAGCACACAAGUCAUACAAGAAUCAACUUCAACGACUUCAACGACCGAUUCAAACGGAAAUGCAAUACAAGUUGAAACAUAUAUUCCACCGAGUACUAAAGUCGUAGUCGAAAAAGUUGUUACCACGGUACCAUCACCAUCUUCCACUCCUGACGAUUCAACAAGCGGCAAAGAUGAAGCAACCGCAACAACGUCAAGAAUACAAGAAGAAGAGAAUAAAAAGAAAUACGAGAAAUUGAGAAGACGCAUUGCAGCAUUGGCAGAGUUGAAAGCAAAAAAUGGUGGUAGAUUGCCUGAUGAAUUUAUUGCAAAGUAUCGUAAAGCUACUUCAGGAUAUAGCAGUGGUGCUGGUGUUGGAUAA